AUAAAUUGAUGGGAAUGGCACUGCUGAUUCAGUCGUGACUAGGACUGGUGCAAGAUGCAACCACUGGAACGCAAUGAGAUAUUGAAAAUUAAAAAUUGGAUAUCAGAUUACUGAGUAAUCUACGUGUAGUGAUUCGAUAUGUAAAUUUUAAUUAAUACAAUAUGUGAUAACAUUUAUCAUACUGAUACAGAAUACUGAAUCAUAAUUGAUAAAGAAAAUCAUUAGUUUAAGGUUUGUUCUAAAAGUAUAUAUAAAUCAGUAUAAACGGCAUUGUUGAUUCAGUCAUCAUUAAAAUUGAUGUAAGCAAGCAACUGAAAAGCUACACGAUGCGUUUAUUGAUCAUAUUGCUGCUAUUCGCUUUCAACGCAUUAGCUUGCGUCUAUAAUGUCGAAAAAGCCGUCAAUUCAAUUUCGUUUCCUAUGGUCACCAAAAAUGGUAUUCUUCAAGUAAACUUCACUGACAGCUUCAUAAUUCUCAAUCUUACAAAAAAUGACGGCGAAAAUAUGAUAAAUUUUUUCUACGAGAAAUAUUCAAUGAAAACAUUGCAGAGUCCUUUCGUGCUUGAACAAAAUUAUGACAGUAUUAAUAACAAAAUUACCAUAAAAAGUGCGGGUCGAUAUUCACGACUAAUUACUUCAAUCACAACUAGUUCAAUGCACGAGAUCAUCAGCAUUAAUCACACGGCAAUUGAUGUAGAAGAUGUCGAAUUCAUCGAUUGUUAUCAGUUCACCGAGGGUACGCAAUGGUUCGGUGGUCCGCAACACCGCUAUCAGCAUUGGCCCAUACAGCACAUGUACUACGAAGAAGAACCGUAUCUACCAACGCAUUCCACAAACAUGGCAUUGUCCGAACGUUACUGGUUAUCCAGCAAAGGAAUCUCUAUCUUAGUAAACGAGACAAGUCCGUUGUUUCUCGAUCAAAAUAAUUAUCGAGACAAUCAUUUAUGUCUGAUCGCAAAGAACAAGGCGCCCUAUCGACAUCGGCGCAUCGUUCAAUUCGACUAUAAAUUAGGUGUCUUCCUGAAUCCGAAAGCCGCUCAUCAGGAUAUGGUAAAAAUUUUAGGCAAACCGAUGGGUCAACCCAACCAAAGAAUGAUUCGACAUCCCAUAUGGUCCACUUGGGCCAGAUACAAAACUAAUGUAACUGAGAAAAUCGUGGAGUCUUACGCGGACGAGAUUAUCGCCAAUAAAUUCAACAAUAGUCAAAUUGAAAUCGAUGACAAUUGGGAAACUUGUUACGGCUCCGCUGUGUUUGAUCCGGUCAAGUUUCCCAACGUCAGCGCUUUGAUGCAGCGAUUGAAACAAAAGGACUUCCGCGUCACUUUAUGGAUACAUCCGUUCAUCAAUCAAGGCUGCGAACCCGCAUACUCCACUGCAUUGAACAACUCGUAUUUUGUCAAAAAUCACGAUGGACACGUUCAGAUGUCAUGGUGGCAAGGUGUAAACGCUGCUAUAAUAGAUUUCACGAAUCCGAAAGCGGUAAGCUGGUGGGUGGCACGGUUGAAACAACUUCAAAAUCUCGGCAUCGAUAGUUUUAAAUUUGACGCCGGCGAAGUGUCCUGGUUACCCCAGAUAGCGAUAUUAAAUAGCUCCCUUGAUAUGCAGCCGGGAAUAUUCACGAAAGAAUACGUUCAAGCAUUAACUACCAAUUUUAACGAUUAUAUCGAGGUGCGGGCAGGAUGGCGUAGCCAGGAAUUACCGAUAUUUUUUCGCAUGAUCGACAAGGACAGCAGGUGGACGCGGAACAAUGGUCUGCCUACAUUAAUCACGACGCUGUUGCAAAUGAAUCUUAAUGGAUAUGUCUACGUGUUACCGGACAUGAUCGGUGGCAACGGCUAUCUGGAUGGUUCGGUUAACAGCACAGUUUAUCCUUCUAAAGAGCUAUUCAUCAGAUGGCUGCAAGCUAACGUCUUCAUGCCGUCAUUACAAUAUUCCUUCGUGCCGUGGGAUUUCGACAAUGAAACUAUCGCCAUUUGCAAAAAAUAUACGGAUUUGCAUGCUAAUUACACGCCAGAGAUUGUAAACGCCAUGCAACAAGCUAUCACCAAUGGCACGCCGGUAAAUCCACCUAUCUGGUGGGUCGAUCCAACGAAUAAGGAAGCUCAUAAAAUUAAUGACGAGUAUCUUCUUGGAGAAACUAUACUGGUUGCUCCGGUAAUUCAAGAAGGUGCCAUUCGUCGUGAUAUCUAUUUGCCUAAGGGAAUAUGGCUUGAUAUAAAUCGAGCAGCUAUUAUCAACGGACCAAAAUGGCUGAGAAACUAUCCUGCUCCCCUAGACACACUUCCCUACUUCAAGAAAUAUCAGUAAUGAUGCUAAAGAGAAUUAAAGUCUCAUAUAUAAAAUAUUUAUUUGUACAAAUAAAUAUAAAAUGUCGUGCUAUGUA